AUGCAUCCCCAGGUUGCUUUACUCCUCACCCUCAUCCUCCUCCUUGCGGCUGGAGACGGCAGCCUCGCCGUCGGCACUCCAUCGGCGAUCAUCAGAAAGACAUGCACCGCUCUUGACCGACCCGGCGGGAGCGUGGAUUACGACUACUGCGUGGGCGUGCUCUCGGCCGACCCGGCGGGCGCGUCCGCCAAGGACGCACGUCAACUCGCCGUCAUCGCCACCAACCUCACCGUGGCCAACAUCACGUCGACGGUGCUCGUCCUCGAGGACCUCGUCAAUAGCCUCAGCGACUGCCUCCGCAUCUACAGGGAAAUGAACAGGCCCCUGGAGGCCGCGCUCGGUGACCUCCGUGCCGGGCAUGUCAAAGCGGCGAACGACAAACUGAGUCAUGUCUUCGGAGAGCCCGAGCACUGCGACAUGCUCUUGUUCGCGGGGAGCGCCCACAAGAACCCGAUAAGCAAGGAGAACACCGACGCCGAUUUGCUGACCCGACUGGGAUUCGACAUUACUAGCUUGAUUCUUGGUUACAUUCGUUAA